AUGCAAUUCGACCUAGCAUACUCUGCAGGAUAUGUCGCAGAUACAGCAAUGACAGAUUGGCGCAAUGCCGAGCAUCAGAUGAUCUGUUACGGAACGACGACACGGCCAUGGGACAGGUACUGCCUCUUUGACGUACAGGUUGAUGCUGGGUCUUGUUGCUUAGCACCUGAUCUUGUAUCAAAGUCAAAACAGCGAUCCCUCCUUGACGAUAAUUCAGGCUUGACGUUAUCCGUCAUUACUUCGAAGGUCCGGCAAGUAUCUUUUACGGUCGUGAUUGGUGUCAACGCUCUCGAUGGAAAACGCCGAAAACCAGCCAAAACAAUAGUCAAGGGUACAGUCAAUGUCUACGGCCCAAAGUACCUGAUGGAUGAAGUUGAUCAAGCGCUAUCUCACAUACCCGCGUACUUGCAACAUCCAGUGUUUCUUGAGACGGAUAUUCUCUAUAUCAAUCCCCAAUUCUUCUACCCCAGCACCGAGAAGACCGACCUGAGACAUUUGGUGGGUCCGGCUUGUGAGGAUACCACAUCUCAGUUGUCUCGAACCGUCGAUGGAGUCAUGGAUUGUUUAGACAAUUGGUCUGAAGAUCGCAAUGCAGCAGGGUGCUCAAUAAAACACUUUCAGUCAUUAUUCAAUCGAUACCUAGCUGACACCAAGCUCAAAGAGCAUCAGCUCCAAGGAGUAGAGUUCAUACUCGAUCGGGAAGAUCCAGUAUCCGUCAAGCAGAUGGAGAAAACAUUACUUAUGUCCAUUAACCACUGUCUGCUAUCAUACGCGGACAAAACAAGUCUUGGCGGGAUACUCGCUGAUGUGAUGGGCCUGGGCAAAACACUAACUAUGUUGAGUGCGAUUCUCUGCUCAAAGCAGUUGAAACAAAGCUAUGACAUGAGUGGAAGCAACAAUCCAAAUGACUAUAGACAACAACUAAACUCGACACUAAUUGUUUUACCCUCUCGGCAACUACUUGACGUCUGGAAGAAUGAGAUCGACCGGCGAUUCCAGCCGCAGACUUUCAAGGUUCAUAUUUUCCAUGGACUGACACGAGCUAAGAACAAAGAUCAAUUUAUUGACUGCGAUAUUGUUUUGACAACCUACCAGACACUUGAAAAGGACAGCACUCAUCAUAUCCGCAACUCUUCUACCAAAACGCACAAGGCCGCAGUUGCCCUCCAAGGCGAGACAAGGUGGUGUCUGACAGGGACACCAAUUCAGAACAGCUUAGACGAUCUUCGGUCCCUUUUGCAAUUCAUUCGACUUGAACCAUUCUGCCACAGCAAGGCAUUUGAGGAGUACAUCGUCAAACCAUUCAGACAAGACACUGGCGAGAGCUACGAGGCUUUUGGGCCAUCUCGAAACUUUAGAAUGAUGUUAAAGGCCUGCUGUCUCAGACGGACUCAGGCGAAGCUUAGCUUACCGGCAACCACCAUAUGCAAGGUCCCAGUUACACCAACAGAUGUGGAGAAGGCCCUGUUCAAGAAGAUUCUCCAUGAUUGUCGCGAGGAAUUCGACAUAAUGGCUUGCAAUGGCAAAGUUUCAAAGAAGUCCAACAUCCUAUUCUCGGCGAUCAUGAAAUUCCGAAGAGUGUGCAACCACGGAGACAUCAAGAUCAACACGACCACUCACCAAAGGUCAACGCAUUUGACUGUGCCCAUGAUAAAACGAUAUAAUUCACGUUCACAGAGUGCAGAACCGGCUUGCGAGUUCUGUAGCAAUACUAUUCUGGAGAACGAUUUCCUUGAUGCGCUGGACAGCUGCCCUCUCUGCGGCCGGCUCCUGUCUGAAGGAAAUUCUAACGUGCCGUCCGCAGCCGCAUCACCUCAGUCCAUGCCUUCGUCUACCGGGUCUCCGAUGGAUAUAGAUAUGAUAUCCCCAGGGCCUUCUAGCGUCAGUUUUGGCCUUGACACAGCCGACAAUAGCUUGAGAGCACAAUCCUCAAAAAUGUCCUCAGUAGUCGAGAACAUCAAGACAUCGUGUUUGGACAAGGACUCCAAAAGUGUUGUGUUCUCCAGUUGGAGAGAUACACUGGAUAUCCUCGCGAAGAUACUGAUGUCCGAGGGAAUUCCAUUCGUUCAGGUUGAUGGGCGGAACCCACUCAUGGGCCGAACAGAAUUACUUUCAAGAUUCCGUCAAGACCCAACUGUGAAAGUCCUUCUGAUAUCAAUCAAUACUGGCGCUAUUGGCCUCACUCUGACAGAAGCCAACAUCGUUCACAUCGUCGAACCGCAGUGGAAUCCAACAAUCGAAGACCAAGCCAUCGCACGAGUCGUGAGAAUGGGUCAGACACGGCCAGUAACUGUUUACAGAUACAUCAUGAGCGAAUCCGUAGAACAGUCCGUGUUAAAGCUGCAGCAAAGGAAGACACAGAUCAUCAAGCUGUCUAUGCAGGAUAAAAAUGAUGAUGAAUCCGACUCAAAUUUGGAUCGCUUCAAGUUUGCUAUCGAUCCGAAUGAAUGGGAAGUUGUUUGCCAGUCCCCAAAAUGA